GGCGGGACUAUGGAGAAAUGCAGCCCGUCUAUGUUGAUACAGAUCUAGUGUCUGCUUACGUUGCGCUUCGCAUGGACUAAUUUUUGUUUUAUACGGAGGAAAAAAGUUUUUUUCAGCGUGGGGAAAUUGUUAAAAAGCUGCCUUCAACUCCACCGGCUCGGAAAAUUUGGCGACCUGGCUCCAGCCUUUGGGUCCCCCCUCUGCUACUGCACAAAGUGAAGGUUGAUAUGCCACAUCAGAAACUACACAAAGAUCCUUCGAAUGAAACCCAGCGAUACUCAGUCAGAGUGAGACAGAAGUUUUCAGCCCCCAUCACGAAGGCCGAGAGGCCCCUCAGCUGGCUGGGAGCCAGGGGCAGCGGGGAGCCGCCGAAACCAGGAGAGAGUGGUUAUGUUUUCCGAGGACGUAUGCUAGUUUACCCAGAGAGGAAAAACCAAGCAACAAACAACAGCCACAACAAGUCUAAACAGAGUGAUGGAGCCCAUGACGGUGACGACGUCGGUGGUCGGACCAGAAGAGUUUGACCGCAACGCCCCGCGGAUCUGCGGUGUGUGCGGUGACAAGGCCACUGGCUUCCACUUCAACGCCAUGACAUGUGAAGGCUGCAAGGGAUUCUUCAGGCGCAGUAUGAAGCGUAAAGCCUCUUUCACUUGUCCAUUCAACGGGAGCUGCACCAUCACCAAGGACAACCGGCGUCACUGCCAGGCCUGUCGUCUCAAACGCUGCAUCGACAUCGGCAUGAUGAAAGAGUUCAUCCUGACAGACGAGGAGGUCCAGAGGAAGAAGGAUAUGAUAUUAAAGAGGAAAGAGGAGGAGGCAGCCCGGGAGGCGAUGAGGCCACGUCUGAAUGAGGAGCAGGCCCGGAUCAUCUCCAGUCUGGUGGAAGCUCACCACAAGACCUAUGAUGCCUCAUAUUCCGACUUCUCCCGCUUCAGGCCUCCAGUGCGUGAAGGCCCAGUAACACGCAGUGCCAGCAGAGCCGCCUCCCUUCACUCUUUGUCUGAUGCCUCCUCUGACUCAUUCAACCACUCACCUGAGUCUGUGGACACCAAGAUGAACUUCAGCAACCUGUUAAUGAUGUACCAGGACGGCGCGAGCAGUCCAGACUCCAGUGAGGAGGACACAAAGCUCUCCAUGCUGCCCCACCUGGCUGACCUGGUCUCCUACAGCAUUCAGAAGGUCAUAGGCUUUGCCAAGAUGAUCCCAGGCUUCAGAGAGCUGACAGCAGAGGACCAGAUCGCUCUGUUAAAGUCAAGUGCCAUUGAGAUCAUCAUGCUGCGUUCAAACCAGUCGUUCAGUCUGGAGGACAUGUCCUGGAGCUGCGGGGGACCUGACUUCAAAUACUGCAUUAAUGACGUUACAAAGGCGGGUCACACUCUGGAGCUGCUGGAGCCGCUGGUGAAGUUCCAGGUUGGUCUGAAGAAACUCAACCUGCACGAGGAGGAACACGUGCUGCUCAUGGCCAUCUGUCUACUCUCCCCAGAUCGCCCCGGUGUCCAAGACCACGGGCGCAUUGAGCAGCUGCAGGACCACCUGUCGGAUGCGCUGCAGGCCUACAUCCGGGUCAACCACCCAGGCGGACGCCUCCUCUACGCCAAGAUGAUCCAGAAGCUUGCCGACCUGCGCAGCCUGAACGAGGAGCACUCCAAGCAGUACCGCUCACUCUCCUUCCAGCCCGAGCACAGCCUGCAGCUCACCCCGCUGGUGCUGGAAGUGUUUGGCAGCGAGGUGUCAUAGCAGUGGUGUUAGUUUUCUUAACGAAAACUAUGACUACAUGUGUUCGUCAGCGACCUUUUUUUCCAUGACUAAGACGAGACGAUGACGAGACGGCACCCACGUAAUUAAACACUAACUGUGACUAUAUCAACAUGCAACAUUGUUGAUGAAAAAGACAAGACUAAAAUGUAGUUUUAAAAACUUUACUAAAACCUCUUUUUAUUUUUGUUGACAAAAAAUAGAAGAUGAAAUAUUAUAUUGUUUUGUUUUGUUUUCAAUGCAGCAGUCCCGUUCCUUGUGCUGCACAUGCCAUAUCAGGAUUACACCAGCAGCACACAGUGAGCACUGUCAGAAGGACCUGGAAUAACUCACUUUCUUAAGUUAAAGCUAACAGUGGAAACAACAGGACUUGGGAGAACGAAACAAAGUGAAAAUUGGGUCUAUUUUUGUAACAGUGAGGCUGAGAAAUAUACGAAUCCAUUGCUUCGUCAGAAGGAAGCAAUGUGGCUCAGAACACGUUCCAUGUUUGGAUGAUACCAUCAGACAGCUAAACCCGACACAUUCUACAAAGCUACAUUUUUAAUCACCAACCUGUGUUAUAAUCAGUUAAUAAGAUAAAAUCUUAUGGGAAAUAAGUUUUACAACAAAAGAAAAAAUAUUGGUUUUUGAAAUGUUCAAUUUAAUCCGACUAAAAAAGACUAAAAUGUCAACAGUUUCCACUGACUUAAAGCUUUACUUAAGUAGUUACCGUUUUCUAUGAUAAGACUAAAACACCCAGACUGUUGGAUGAGGUUGACUGAAUAUGAUACAAACUGACAAGGACAUUUGACACAGGACUAAGACUACAUAAAAAAGUAACACUACAUAGCAGAUGAGGAGGCACGCUCGCAUACACAUACACACUUAUCACACACCAGAGCAUGAUUAACCAACCCUUACCGUCUUUUCCCCAAGAGAACCCCAGCUCUUACAGUAUAUGCCUGGACAUGAAGGGAAAAGAUGGAUAAUCAGAAAGGUAGACAGUAACCUUCACCUCUUUAUCAUCUGCCCAUCCUCCUCCUCCUCCUCCUCCUCCUCCUCCUACUGACCUCAAGCUGCCUGGACCUCUGGACCUUUUGGAUUUAAGACACCUGAAUAUGCUGUGGAUUUCCACAGCACGUGGAUAACCAGAUUUUACUUUAACCUCUGCUUUUGCAAACACAGUGCCGCAUUAAAUGUCAUUAUACCAGGCAGAAAUCCUGACUCACUGACAUCUGGAACAGACGGACAUGUUGAUCCUCUCCAAAUCCAUAAACUCCCCCCAAAAAAGACAAAAAAAAAAAAAAAACAGAAAAAAACAUUGUCUUUUUCUCAUCAUCACCUUUCCCCAGACAUCACUGCCAGAUUCCUGCCAUUUUCUUUACAGCAGAGACAUCUCGCUGGAUGUGACUGUCACAUCCCCUUUACCAUCAUCCUCAUACCAUUGUUCCAUGUUCACACCAUCGCAGGGGCAGACAAGAGUGGAUACACAGAUCUAUUAACCAUGCUGGCACGUGUUAGGUACAGAUAAACUGCUAGCAAUGUUACUACACUCGUGUUAGCUACAAGCUAUCGCUGUUUACAGUUAAUUAACAGCAAAGACAUCCAAAUAUAUUAAACAGCAACAUGGCCAGCAAGCUUACAAUAAUAUAAUGUAAAAACUUGUUUUACUGAUUUAAAAACUUGGUUGAGACGGGCUGCUCGGCCCUGUGUAUCUGCGUAAGUGCAAAGAGAGGUAUCAGAUGGUCAGACAGGAAGUUAAAGUAGGAAUGUGUCAGUAUGGGAGUGGUGAAAAGAAAGGUGAGAUUAGGAGGAAUGAGCAAAGGAGGUUGGAUAGAUGGAGGGAUUUGCUACGGUUGGAAUUCCCUGUUCACAAGACAAAAGGGAACUUCACAAAACAAGAAUGUAUGUAUAAUGCUAUAUAAAUAUAAAUGAUACAUAUAAGCUGAUAUAUAUGAAUAUAUAUAUAUAUAUCUAUAUAUAUAUAUAUAUAUAUGUAUAUUUAAGAGAGCGAAACAUGGUUGUUUCCAUGGAAGCAAAGAGUGUUGUAUAAUGUAGAGGAUCUGAAGGCCCCUCCUCAGUUGUGUGUGUGUGUUUGUGUGUGUGUGUGUUGUCUUUCAAAAGACACAUGUACACACACUCGAGAAAGCGUCGAGGAGUGCGUGAGGAGUCCUUCUAUUUUUGUGAUGUGUGUACAGUACAUGAGAAUAUUGAUGGACCACAAGGGGGUGUGUGUACAGGCUCUGACCGAGGGUUCAGUGCAGGGAAGCACUUCUCUGUUGGAUUUUGUCGUUUUUUGGACCUGUGAAGUUUGUAGACUGACAUACGCAAACACAACGUCAUGUUUCGUGGAUAGUGAUUAUCCAAAAAAAAUAAAUAUUUGUUCGGCUGGUUAGAUUGCUGCUAAGACAGUUUAGAGCUAGAUAGUUGGACAGAAACCAACUACCGGCUGUUGCCUCAGGGAAAAAGUUUGUCUGAUGAUAUUGUGUACUUGGUGUUUCUGGUGUGUGUGGCGUAAGCUUACAAUCAUAAGACAGAGAUUGUUUUUGAAGCUCUAGGCAUCACUGUGAUUUCUAAACAUACUAAAUAACAGCAUAAGUAAGCUAAAAGCGAAACUUUUUAAAAUAAUAAUGACUACAAGAUUGUCAUUCCUAAAAAAAAAAUCUCUUAAAUGGUCUGCAUGAUCGUACAAUCCAUUAGAGAUCAUUGUUAAAGCCAACCUUCUCAUUAAAUAGCUACAUUAUAAAGGACAGAGUCGUCUGCGUUAACAUAUUGAGUGAUUAAUGUCAGCCUUAAGUUUAUUUUUUUCAGGGCAAAGUGAAUAUUCUACAGAAGGUAGCAAUGUACAGUAGUUAAAUGAUGUAUAGCCUGUAGUGUUACUGGAAUGAGAUCCGUCAGAUGCUUUGAAACAGCUGGGCAGAGUUAUAAAACAUGAGAAAGAACUUUUUUUUAUAUUAACUAUAAAAUCAAGCCUCAUACCUCUUUUUUCACAUUUAUAUCAUUUCAACACCAGCCACAUAAGCGAGGUUUAGGAUGUUACUUUUCAACAUCACUACAUAUCAUAUCACGUUUCAGUCGACACGGUGCAUGCUCACCCCUCAUGCAGGCCUGGAUCACCCCCUUGUGGACAAACUUUGUAAAUACCACUUACUAAGUCUGUACAUAGUUAGAGAUUAAUGUAGGCAAAAUACUAAGAGAAUUCAGUUGUCGAUGGCAAGAUGCUCUGGAGAUACAGCACUAUAUGCAAUUAGGAGAUGGACUCUUAUGUUGUAUUCAAUUAGAAUCGGCAGAGGUGGCAAUCCUGGUCAAGCUGCUGAGUUGUUUCAGGGUGCGCUGAAGAAAUCUGUCAGGUUGGGUUGGGCUUUUUGAAACUUUUGGCAGCCAUCAUUUCGUGAGUUCAAAUUCAAUCUCACAAUAACAAAAUACUGAUUUUAGGUGUUUGGCAUACAAGAGCAGGUUUCACAGAUCAACACAUCUGACGGAACAUCAGGAAACCUGGACAAUAUAGUCUCUAAUCAAUGGCUACCUUAGUCCAACCCGUGUUUCGGGUGAUGCUCUUACUAGUGCAAUGACUCGGAAAUCUGACCUGCAAAGGCUUCAUGUGACUGAACAUUCCCAGUGGUGGUUGUGUUGAUCAUUCCAACUGGCUGAGUCUCAUGCAUGAUACAAACAUCAGUGUGAGCAUCCUCUCCGGCAGCUCUUUAAAUGCACCUGACACCUCAGUAUGUUGCCACCAGGAAUUGUCCUCUCUGUCCAUUCCAAGCUUAUGGAUGUACAUCUUUUCUCUUUCUCUCUCUUUCUAAAAUCUAUCGAUAAGCUUUUGACAAUUAUACAGUAUAUCCAUGAUAUUUUCAUUUUGGUGAAAAUCUGUUUUUAUUUUUUUCUCUAUUUUCUUUUGUUCUUUUCAAGAUUGUCAAUUUUAAUAUGUGUCAGAGUUUGCUGUCUCGCUAGCGCUUGGCUUGCUGCGCUGGGACGUCGUUUUAAUGAAGCAGAGAUGAGCCCGGUGGACUCCUGGAGACUUUCAAGUGCAAAUGAACGAGCUCCACGUGUCUUGUUCCCUUGAUUUCAGCUGAGUGUUCAUGGAUUAGCCCUUUAUAACUAAAGAUGUGGCUUCACUUUCUUGUUUGGACAGGGUUGGGACACUGGCACUCGUUCUAAUUCCUUUUUUCUAAUGGAAUAAGAAAAGACUUGUCAGUGCAGCCGUGUUACACCUGGAGCUGUACACAGUGGAGCAAAAGUAUUUCAGUGUCAAUGAAAAGGCAGUCCCAAGCUCUGUAACGAAAAAAAUGCUACAUCUGCUUUUCCAGAAGCAGGAUGUCAAACACAAUCAAGUGAUCAUAAACUAACACUGCCUCAACUCAACUGACUUACACAGGAUUUAGCCAACAGCAAACUGUUGCAGCAGCAGCAUGGGCGUGCCUCUUCAUCCACCACCCAACCAUCUAACCGCCUCUUCUUCUGCAAUAGCCAAUUACAGCAGGAUUACUCUUCAUAGCUUUAACUCAGCAGCCAGUCAGGCUCUGCUUUCAGAAAACUGUGGUGCACAAGGGCUGAUGGGAGUCUGAGAUUUAGCGGGACGGCUGCUGUGGAAUCGGACGUGUCACUUUACUGUGAAAAAGACAAUGCAGGAAUUGGCUCCUUCGUCCUGUCUGACCCAGGAAAGAAACCUUUGGAUUGGACCUCCAGAAGACUGUGUAGAAUCUGUAUAGAAGAUUUUAGGAGAUAAAAGUAUUUUUAAAAUAAGAGUUGCCGCAGGCAAGGUGUAGUGACGUGCUCUACAGGAAGGAUGUGCAGUGACUGAUGAGAUGUCGCCUCCUAAACCCAAAGUGUGACAUUACCUUUCUCACUAUGUCUCGCAUCGCAGCUCUUGGAAUUUUAGAUUUUUAAAAAAAUCAUUGUUUGUUAAAGUAAUUGUUGAAAUACAUAAAAAAGUUGACUUUUUUUACAUUUAACAUCAACAUCAUCUACAUCAUCUGUCUCAAAAGGAAUGCAGGGCGGGGUGACAGGGGGAGGGUGUGUUCAGUUUCUAGGGUUCACAGAGUGAAGCGUCAGUUAUUUCGACAUGAUUUUGGAUAAUGGAAUUAAGUUAAGCCUGCAAGACAGAUCUGGCCUACAUUUUUUUCGCUAAUGGCUGAGUAUUGUAGCUGAUGGGAGAGGCCAUUAGUGCUCAAAUGAACCCAAACGAGGCCGCACUCUCCCCGCUCGACCCCCCUCCCCUCAAACCCAGGUCAGCAGCUCCACCUCAGUAGCCUUACUUACAGAAACCUCACUCAGCUGGAAACAUGUAACAGAUACCUCAAUGUUUUACAGGAUGACUUUUCACAAUAGCCUUUAAGGGAACCAAACAUAAACUCAUACUACACACACACACACACACACACACAAAGAAACACACAAUCAUGCCACAACUCUCUCCUCAGCAACCUUUGCAGUGUUUUUACGUCAAACGUAUAGUUAAACUAGUUGCCAGUUGUACAAAGAAGGUUGUCCAGUAGAGUCCCCCUUGCCAGUAGACCAGUCAGUAUAUGAGUGGAUCCCAAUGUUUCUAAAUGUUAACUGUCACUUUUUUUCUGCUUUACUCACUCGAUCCUCAUCUCUGCCUCAUUCUGUGUUUCCUGUUGUCUCUGUCUCUACAAACAGAUGGCGUGCCGCUAAGCUUUGGCGCUGCGUUUAACCAAACAUACUACCUCUCCCUUGCGCACACAAAUAUAUAUAUAUAUAUAUAUAUAUAUAUAUAUAUAUAUAUGUAUAUAUUUGUCGCAGCAUGAUUGUGUUUAUGAUAAAGCAUCUGUUUUUAUUUUUAACACUAAUUUAGAAGUUAUUUUUUUUGUGUGUAUAUGUACAGGAAAUCCCUUUUUAUCUCUUUUCAAAUGCUGGAUGAUUUUUACCUCAGAUCUCAAUGUAAGCCUACAAAAAUUAAAGGUGCAGUACGUAACUUUGGAGAAAGAUAGUUGACAGUUGAGUCUCAUUCUCAGGAUCGUCAAAUACAGAUACUUUGGUUUGUCGGUUAUGUCCAACCACUAACCAAGGUUGUUGGUAUUUGAUGACCUAGAAAUUGGGGGCUUUCACACUGGGGACCCAGGCCUGGAUCCUGGUAUACUUGGCCCCAAAGUCCAGUUCGGUUGAUUGGUGUGAGUACUGUGUACUGUGCCCAGGAUUGGUACGCCGAUCCAGGCCGGAAUCCGCUUGAAAAGAUUGUUUUGAGCAUUCCAAUAUGGUACUCAUCAGGUGUGAACACCAACUGCACCAAAACACAGAGGUGGACUGCUAUUCAAUGCAACUACAAGUUUUUAACUGGUCAUAAAAUGGUCUCAACACAACAGUGAUGCCUAUAUAGCAGACAGCAGCGCAGCCUGCCAAUGACACACUCAGAUCCAGCUUUGCUGCCGCCUUCAACCUGCAGUCGGAGCUUCGUCUUGCUGCUCCGGCAGCAGUGUCUGUCUCUGGAACAACAAAAAUGUCAAGUACAUGAUGAUGCAAGUGUCCUUGUGUACGGGACAACAUUACUAAUGGAGAAACUUAGCAGUGGGGGAGUGGAGAAAAGGGGAAAUCAUACUCUGGCACAGUACAAAUCAGUCAUACCAAAGAGCACCCUGAGACUCAACAAUCAUCUUUCUCCUUAAUUGCAUACUGAACUUUUAAAGUCAGUAAAUCGAAGGCCUCUUUAGCAUCACUUCGCCACUGAAGUGUGUAAAUGCAUGUUCAAAUCUUUGCAUGGAAGUAAGGCUACGUUCACAUAGCGGCUGCAAGUGCCCGAGUUUUUUUUUUUUCUUUCUUCUUCUUCUUUUACAAGUGACACAGAUCUGAUGUUUUCUAAUUAUUUUGGGCAGCAAAAAAAAGCAUCUAUCACUGUUUUUGUACGGAUUAAAUAUACAAGAUAUUACGUGUUUAUUAGUCAGCUUUAGAGGCACUGGUAGGCUCGCACAGAGCCAGGCUAGCUGUUUUUCCCUGAUCUUUAGGCUAAGCUAAGCUGACUGCAUCCUGGCUGUAGCGUGGUAUUGCUUUUCUCAGCUAACUGGGCAGGAAAACAAAUAGCAUAUAUCCAUAACUGUCAAACUAAUCUGAAUCAUAGCAAACCAUGAAAAGAAAAUUAUGUUUUUAUUAUUGGAAAAUAGAAGCAGUUUAAUCAAAAGUCACUCACCAAGCUUGAGUUUAUCAAGCAGGCUAAAUUAGAUAAACCAUGAUCCACAAAUUUUAGAUAUGAUACAGCAAAUUGGCAUUGUGACUUCUAUGUGAAUGCAGCAUAAAACCCCAGAGGCGAUGUGCUGAUGUGCUUCUGCUCAUCAGCAGACACUUAGAGGCAAACAGUGCACAGGGAGUAUUUGGACUUAGGCGGCUAGUCCUGCUAGAGGCCGAGCCUCCUUGAUUUUAGCAGUGCUCUCAAAACACUUUAAUACUACCAAACUAACAGGUGUUGUUAGAUGCCACCUAAUUUGGCCAGAGGACUCGUUUGUCUAAUGGGACUCCACAGAGCUGCCAGUUGUACUUUUUAUAGGGUUAAAAGUGUCGGACUGACCGUCAGGCUUGUGCGAAACACUUUCAGCUUUAUGCAAUGGUUCAGAGACAAGUGAUGGAGGUCUCAGAGUUGAUUGAUACCGACUCAUUUUAGGGGAGUGGUGGUUGGUCUUUGAUAACCGUUCUGUCCUAACAUCUAAAAUGUAAAACUUAGUGGCUGUGGCCGGGACUCGACACCCAACGCAGUGGUGUCUCUUCAGUCUGCUUUGCUUUGGUAUUGCAGGUUUCCUGUGUGUCUGUCUCUACUGUAGCUUUCCUUAAACGUC